GCCAUGGCUGCCAAGGAAGACCUGUACGGCAAAGUCACGCCGCGGAGGACCAGGCAGCCGCAGCAGCCGCCCCGCGCCGGCGGCACCGUCAAGCACGGCUCCUCGCUCGACAUCCUCCUCUCCAUGGGCUUCCCCAAAGCCAGAGCACAGAAGGCUCUGGCAUCUACGGGAGGCCGAAGUGUCCAGGCAGCAUGUGACUGGCUUUUUUCCCAUGUAUGUGACCCUUUUCUCGAUGACCCCCUGCCUCGAGAGUACGUCCUCUACCUGCGUCCCACCGGCCCCUUAUCACAGAAGCUCUCCGACUUCUGGCAGCAGUCAAAGCAGUUAUGUGGGAAGAACAAGGCACACAACAUCUUCCCCCACAUCACGCUCUGCCAGUUCUUUAUGUGUGAAGACAGCAAGGUGGAGGCACUCUGUGAAGCCCUCCAUACCACAGUCACAAGGUGGAGGUGCAAGUUUUCGGCCCCUUUGCCCUUGGAGCUGUAUACAUCAUCCAACUUCAUUGGGCUCUUUGUCAAGGAGGACAGCGCUGAAGUUCUCAAGAAGUUUGCAGCAGACUUCGCUGCAGAGGCUGCUUCCAAAGCUGAUGUACAUGUAGAGCCCCACAAGAAGCAGCUACAUGUGACACUGGCCUACCACUUCCAAGCGAGCCACUUGCCCACCCUUGAAAAGUUAGCUCAGAGCAUAGACGUCAAGCUGGGCUGUGACUGGGUGGCCACAAUAUUCUCCCGAGAUAUUAGAUUUGCUAACCACGAGACGUUGCAGGUGAUCUACCCAUACACCCCACAAAAUGAUGAUGAACUCGAACUCACUCCAGGGGAUUUCAUCUUCAUGUCUCCAGUGGAGCAAAUCACCACCAGUGAAGGCUGGAUUUAUGGUACUUCUCUUGCCACCGGCUGCUCUGGGCUGCUGCCUGAGAAUUACAUCACUAAAGCAGAUGAGUGCGGCACUUGGGUGUUCCACGGGUCCUACUCAAUUCUGAAUGCCGCUUUUUCCCCGUCCCUUCUCAUGUUCACUGAUGGAGUAAUGGAGCGAAGAUUGCAGGAAGAUCAAGGACCAGGGGAUACAGGACCACUGACUAUCUUCUGUCAGAGUAUGCAGCCCUUACGAAUUGCUAACCCACCCGGGCCUCAAAAGAGAUGCCUUUUUGUUUGCCGCCACGGAGAGAGGAUGGAUGUUGUGUUUGGAAAAUACUGGCUCUCCCAGUGUUUCGAUGCCAAAGGAAGGUAUGUGCGCACAAACCUGAAUAUGCCUCACAGCCUACCUCAACGAAGUGGUGGUUUCAGGGAUUACGAAAAGGAUGCCCCCAUCACCGUUUUUGGAUGCACACAAGCGAGGCUGGUUGGGGAAGCCUUACUCGAGAGCAACACCAUCAUACACCACAUCUACUGUUCGCCCUCCCUGCGCUGCGUCCAGACUGCACACUAUAUCUUGAAAGGCUUGCAACAGGAAAAUAACCUGAAGAUUCGAGUAGAGCCAGGCUUAUUUGAGUGGACGAAGUGGGUCUCCGGGAAUUCUCUCCCUGCAUGGAUUCUUCCUGUGGAUUUAGCUGCAGCCAGUUUGAGUGUUGAUACAACAUAUAGACCUCAUAUACCUGUGAGCAAAUUAGUCGUUUCAGAGUCAUAUGAGACAUACAUCAGCAGAAGCUACCAAGUGACGAAAGAGAUCCUAAGUGAAUGUAAAGCAAAAGGAAAUAACAUUUUGAUAGUGGCUCAUGCCUCCUCUCUUGAGGCUUGCACUUGCCAGCUACAAGGGCUAUCUCCGCAGAAUUCCAAGGACUUUGUACAGAUGGUCAGAAAGAUUCCAUACUUGGGGUUUUGUUGCUGUGAAGAAAUUGGAGACACGGGUCUGUGGCAGCUCACCGAUCCACCCAUCCUCCCUCUCACCCAUGGACCUACUGGUGGCUUUAACUGGAGAGAAACUCUGCUACAGGAAUAAGCAAAUGGAGAGGAACAGCUGAAGGAGAUGGCCUUUCUAAAGAUUGGAGAAUGUCGCAUUUAUUGACCCCACCCCUUAAUUACUGACAGAGAAAGUUCUUCAUAACCUUAUAGAUGGAUUUAUAAACAACGCUCUAGCAUAUCUUCCACAGAGAGGCAUUUGUGCGUCUAGAAAAAUAGCUACAAAAUUAGACGUAUGCUUGGAUCGUGGGAAAAUGUACAUGUACACACAGUCUCUCUCUCUCUCUCUCUCUCUUCAGCCUUCUGUCCUGCAGAAAUGUCUUUGUAAUGUAAGCUACUGAGGUUUAAAAAAAAACAUUUUUUAAAAAAUCUCAAAUUAAGAUCCAAGGGAGAGCACCAGUCUUCACUGCCUUCUGUAUAAUGUAUAAUGCUAGUAUCCAUUAGGAUGUUCUAAAUUG